AUGUUCCAGCAAGUCGUCAACAUCCUAUGGUACAAUGCUUACCAGAAUACUUUUUUUUUCUGCGGCGUGGGGAGUAUUUCACUUGGUGAGAAUGUGCUGGUAAACAUUUGCAUUCAGAAGAUGAAGAAUAUUUCGUUGCUUGGACAGGAGUUCUUUAGUGAACAGAAGAAAUAUCGCAGCUCAAUUGUGCGGGUUAUGUUUUUUUG